AUGAAAGACGUGUUCACCGGCAUAGCCGGUGCAGUUUUCGCAAUUAUUUCGAUUGUCCCGUUUCAUUUAACCAAUAACGCUCAACCUUCACCUUAUAUGGACGAAAUCUUCCAUGUUCCCCAAGCCCAAAGGUUUUGUGAUGGGAACUUUAGCUACUGGGAUCCUAUGAUAACAACACUACCUGGUUUAUACUUGUCAUCUUUAGUUAUCCUAAAACCAUUGACCCUAAUACCUAGUACCAACAUAGUCUGUUCUACACACAAUCUUAGAGCUGUUAAUAUCAUCUUUAUGACCUUAAAUAUGAUAUUGCUAUAUCUUAUAAUCCAGAAACUACACUCUAAAAAUAAGAUAAUCUCCAGAUCAAUGAUAAUAGCAAAUGCUUGGAUUCUGUCAUUUUUCCCCAUUUUGUAUUUCUUUACAUGGCUGUAUUACACAGACCCUGGUGCAGUAUUUUUUACACUGCUCAUGUACUAUUUAAAUUUAUGUGAUCACCAUUUUCUCUCUGCCAUGGCUGGUGUUUUUGCUGUUGUGUUUCGGCAGACGAACAUCGUGUGGGUGAUUUUUGUCAUGGGAUUGGCUAAAGGGAGACAACUACUAAAAUUUAUAGCUGAAGAAAAGAAAGAUAUUUCUAAAAUGUCUGAUUUUAAAGUUUUAUACACAAUCUUUAAUUUAUAUUUGAAAACUUUACGUUUUAAACCAUCUAGAGCUUUUGAACUCAAGUGGAAUAUUCUCAAGUCUUGUUUUUGGUACAUGAUUGUUUUGUUUGGAUUUGCCUCGUUUGUUUAUAUUAAUGGAAGUAUUGUGGUUGGAGACAAGAGUCAUCAUUCAGCUUGUUUUAAUAUUCCACAGAUUUUCUACUUUUUGUCUGUAACUUUAGUGUUUUCAAUCAUGCAUCUAGCCAGUCCGUCAAAACUGAUAUACUUUUUCAGGUUUUCAAUUCAGAGUCCCGUUCGCGUCUCAUUAUUCGUAUUGUUAUCAUAUUACGCCAUCACUCAUUAUACAUAUGUUCAUGAAUAUUUAUUAGCUGACAAUCGACAUUAUCCAUUUUACGUCUGGAUGAAAAUAUAUCGUCGUCAUGACUACGUGAAAUAUGGACUUAUCCCAGUGUAUUUAUAUAGUGCAAUUUCUGUUUCUAGAUUGCUGGAAACAAGAGACAUUUUCUGGAAAUUGUGUUUUGUAAUUUGUCUAUUUGCAUGUACAGUUCCUCAAAAGCUUUUAGAAUUUCGUUAUUUCAUUAUUCCAUAUCUAAUUUUCCGAGUGAACAUUUCAGUAACUUCUAAAUUUAAACUAUUUAUAGAAUUUUUAUUAUAUACAACUGUUAAUAUCCUCACUGUGUAUAUCUAUUUAUUCAAAACGUUUAAAUGGGAAAAUUCAGUAGAACUACAACGAUUCAUGUGGUAAUGCUAUGUAAUGUUAAAUUGCUUCUUAAUUAAAUUGUUAUCAGUU